CGCUGUGUUGGUCACAUGACCAAAUUGAAAUCGUGUGACCAUAUGCAAACACCGAUGAGAGUAUCCCAAUUUAUGUGUCUGGCACAGCGUGUCUCUUUGAAGCUGCUGAGCUAAUAGUUUUUCUCCCAACUAUGGAUGUUGGACAGCAGCUACCUCCAUCUGAUGCAACCUACCAGUCCAUUGCAGAACACUUUCCAUGGGAUCUUCGAUUCCAACUUAUCGGCCUGGGUUUUGCCUUCUAUGCAUUAGUCUUCCUCCUCGCUCACCUCCUAUCUUCAUCACGAUGCCACACGUACAACUGCCUGCAAGCCAAAGAGAAGGUUUUCUGGAACCUUGCAGCAACUCGCGCAGUGUUUGGCAUCCAGAGUUCAGUAGCUGGUCUCAGAGCACUUACUCAGGACUCAAAGUUGAGCAGAGACAUAGUGAGCGGGCAGGAAGAUUGGUCAUGGUUUACUAUACUCACAGCCACAGGGUUCUUUAUCUUUGAGAAUGCAGCAUUUCAUGUCUACAGUUUGGUGUUUCGGUCACUUGACCUCGCCCUGGCAACGCACCAUUUCUUCGCUCUGGCAGGAUACGGAGGCGGGGUGAUGUCAGAUUCCAUGGGCCACUUUGUGCCAAUGGUGGUGCUACUGCUGGAAAUGAGCACACCUUUCACCUGCGUAUCCUGGAUGCUUCUAAAGGCCGGAUGGGCCAGAAGUCUGUUUUGGAAAGCCAACCAAUGGGUGAUGAUCCACAUGUUCCAUUGUCGCAUUGUCCUCACCUACUACCUUUGGUGGGUAAGCUUUAACCACUGGGGAGCGAUCAACAACCACUUCCCGCUGGCCUUACGCCUCAUCUUCUACAUCGGCCUGAUGCUGCUCACCGUUAUCAUGAAUCCAUUUUGGACCUACAAGAAGACCAUGCAGUUGUUCAACCCUGUCGACUGGAACUUUGGCAAUAAGUCAGCACCUGGAAACAACCCCACAGAGGAUUCAGCUGAUUCUCCUGUCAAGCCUCAUGCAAGCUGAGAAGUGACAGGGAAGUUGGUUACUUGGCCACUUGGUAUUUUAAACUGUUUUUUUUUUUUUUUCUUUUUCUUAAAUCCACUUGAAGCUACCUACAUUAGUCAGACUAUUCGCUUGACAUUUAUUUUUCGAAGUAGUUCUCAUUAACUUGUUCUACACAUUUGUAUUUUGUAAAUUAACACAAAUGGGCUCGAUGUUCUUUGACGGCAGGGCACAAAUGCCUCAGGUCCUGAUUUUCGUACGAGCACAAGGCUGCAGAUGCGCCUGGCGGAGUGACAAUUUGGUGGCAGAAAGUCGACCUAAAGUUACCCCUGCUCUGACCGCAUCUAAAUAUUAACGCAGUUGACAUGAGUUUGGAGAAUUUGAUUGGGGCGCAGGCAGGCAGACUGGUUCAAAUUAUUCAAGAAGAUUCUCGUGUUUUGAGAACAUACCUUGCAUAAUGUCUUCACUUACCCCAUGCAGCUUUGAAGAUACCGCCUCUUCUUUGGAUAACGAUGCCAAGUCAUGGCUGCCCAUCAGCGACGUGUUAAACUGCACGUUCGGUCAUUCCUCACUUCGUACUAUUACUUUCCGUUUACUUCAACUUGUAAACCAAAGUAGAAAAGAAACGUCUGGAUUCUGACUGGCUGCUCUCGCGCACAUUUCCAUAUCUGAUUGAGUAAAUAGCUCACAGCUCAUGUCUGCUCGCCAUAAAAUAAAUACUAAAUGGCACCAGCCGUAGACCGAUGGUUGGGGACCACUGAGCCAAACCUCAGUUGUUAGGAACCGGUUGAUAAGAAAAUACUGGAUGACAGAGUGACUGUUUCAUUUUUUUGUAUGUGCAGAGCUCUUCACUGGAAACAUUGCUUUGAACUGACAAAGUAUAACCUGAAUUAUCUUUUAAAAAUAACAGGUUAGAUUUACUCUUAUAAAACGCAGUUAUUGAAUAGGUAAUGUACCAAAAAAGAUUUUUACCAAAUGGGCGGGUGUUAUGAGGCCUCCAUACAAAAAAAACAAAACAGCAGCAGUAUUUUCACAGUAUUAAUGUCAAAUAUACCGUAUAACUAGUAUAUGUUUAUGACUUGAGUCACAUUCACACUGAGGCGCUACUCGGCUGAUGCUUUUAGUAUCAACGUUAGUGUGUUUGACAGUAUGAUUGAGUGUAGCGUGGAAUGUUCAUAAUUGCGUGAAAUUAUUGGAUGGGUGGAAGACCUUUUUUUAUGUGCUCAUUGUCAAGCUAUGUAAUGCGACAAGGCUGCACCGAACUUAACUCAAAAUUACCUCAAAAGUUAUUUUUAUUUUUUUUUUAUUUUUGUGCAAGCCAGGUCAGUUCAAGGUCAAUGCCCAUCCCUAUCCUAAUGGAUUUCUUCUUUUGUGUUGUCCAAGCUUCAGUACAAUACAGUACAUGGAAGAAAACCAGACACUGUUGAUGACUUGUAAAUUCAUGAGAAGUCUGCCAAGGAGUUGAUAACAAAGACCCUUCUAUCAAAGUAUGCCUGAGUGUACAAACUAGACUUAGGGGAAUGUGUUACUUAACCUUUUUCCCCCCCCCAAUGAUAAUACCUACUUUUGUAUAAUGUAUGUAUUUUUAAUGUUUCAGAUAGCCCAGGUCUCGUAAGUAUCUUAGAUACACAAACCCAAUGUAAAUUUAUGGCCUACCAUGUGUAUUAUUUAUUCCACUGUAUUAUCAUGACUGAUCUUUGGAACGUUGCAUACACCAUACAAGGAUCAUGUCCACUUGGCCUUUCUGUAAAUGACAGAGUAUAUAAGUAUUGACCCCCCCCC